AGGAGGCAGAAGUGUCCAACUUGGACCGUACGGUUCUGGAUGAAGAUCACUCUGGAUCCAGGCGGCUGCAGAACCUCUGGAGAGACUCCAGAGAGGAGGCGCUGGGUGAAUACUACAUGAGGAAAUAUGCCAAGUCUUCAGGAGGAGAGCAUUACUCUGGAGGCUCCGAAGAACUUUCUGAUGACAUCACUCAGCAGCAGCUACUUCCUGGUGUCAAGGAUCCAAAUCUUUGGACUGUCAAAUGCAAGAUCGGAGAGGAGAGAGCCACAGCCAUUGCUCUGAUGAGGAAGUUCAUCGCUUACCAAUUCACCGACACGCCGCUCCAGAUCAAGGCUGUGGUGGCGCCCGACCACGUGAAAGGCUACAUCUACGUGGAGUCCUACAAGCAGACCCACGUCAAGGCCGCCAUCGAGGGCAUCGGAAACCUGAGGAUGGGCUUCUGGAACCAGCAGAUGGUUCCCAUCAAGGAGAUGACGGACGUCCUGAAGGUGGUCAAAGAGGUGACCAACCUAAAGCCAAAGUCUUGGGUCCGGCUGAAGAGAGGCCUGUAUAAGGACGACAUUGCUCAGGUGGACUAUGUGGAACCGAGUCAGAACACCAUCUCUCUGAAGAUGAUUCCUCGGAUAGACCUGGACCGCAUCAAGGCCAAGAUGAGUCUGAAAGAUUGGUUCGCUAAAAGGAAGAAGUUCAAGAGACCUCCACAGAGGCUGUUUGAUGCUGAAAAGAUCAGGUCUCUGGGCGGGGAGGUCAGCCAUGAUGGAGACUUCAUGAUCUUUGAGGGGAACCGUUACAGCCGCAAAGGAUUCCUGUUUAAAAGCUUUGCCAUGUCAGCGGUGAUCAUGGAUGGAGUGAAGCCCACUCUGUCAGAGCUGGAGAAGUUUGAGGAUCAACCGGAGGGACUGGAUCUGGAGGUGGUCACCGAGUCCGGUAAGGAGCGUGAACACAACCUGCAGGCCGGGGACAACGUGGAGGUGUGUGAAGGAGAGUUGAUCAACCUGCAAGGAAAAAUCCUGAGUGUGGACGGCAACAAGAUCACCAUCAUGCCCAAACAUGAAGACCUGAAGGACCCUCUGGAGUUUCCGGCCCACGAGUUGAGGAAGUAUUUUCGGAUGGGCGACCACGUGAAGGUGAUCGCUGGGCGGUACGAAGGAGACACCGGCCUCAUCGUCAGAGUGGAGGAGAACUUUGUCAUCCUGUUCUCGGACCUCACCAUGCACGAGCUGAAAGUAUUACCCAGAGACCUGCAGCUUUGCUCUGAGACGGCGUCCGGCGUGGACGUGGGGGGGCAGCACGAGUGGGGGGAGCUGGUCCAGCUGGACCCCCAGACGGUGGGAGUCAUCGUUCGCCUGGAGAGAGAGACGUUCCAGGUUCUGAACAUGCACGGGAAGGUUCUGACCGUGCGCCACCAGGCGGUCAACCGCAGGAAAGACAACCGCUUCGCCGUGGCGCUGGACUCGGAGCAGAACAACAUCCACGUCAAAGACAUCGUAAAGGUCAUCGACGGGCCGCACUCGGGCCGCGAGGGUGAGAUCCGUCACCUGUUCAGAGGCUUCGCCUUCCUUCACUGCAAGAAGCUGGUGGAGAACGGAGGAAUGUUCGUCUGCAAGACCAGACACCUGGUUCUGGCUGGGGGGUCCAAGCCCAGAGACGUGACCAACUUCACAGUGGGGGGGUUCGCGCCGAUGAGCCCUCGGAUCAGCAGCCCCGUGCACCAUGGGGGGGGAGGUGCUCAACAGAGAGGAGGAGGAGCUGGAGGAGGAGGAGGAGGAGGAGGUGGCGGUGGUUUUGGGCGGGGUCGAGGACGGAGGGACAACGAUCUGAUCGGUCAGACGGUCCGCAUCUCCCAGGGUCCUUACAAAGGAUACAUCGGCGUGGUGAAGGACGCGACGGAGUCCACGGCCCGGGUGGAGCUGCACUCCACCUGUCAGACCAUCUCUGUGGACAGGCAGAGGUUGACCACCACGGGAGCCAAGAGACGCACAGGAGCCACGUCCGCUCAUGGAUGCACCCCUAUGUUUGGUUCCCAGACCCCCAUGUACGGCGCCGGCUCCAGGACCCCCAUCUAUGGAUCCCAAACGCCGCUCCACGACGGAAGCCGAACGCCUCAUUAUGGUUCUCAGACCCCGCUGCAUGAUGGGAGCAGAACACCGGGCCAGAGCGGCGCCUGGGACCCCAGCAACCCCAACACACCGUCCAGGAACGACGAGGAGUACGACUUCGGCUUCGACGACGAGCCGUCUCCGUCCCCUCAGGGCUACGGGGGUACCCCUAAUCCCCAGACCCCAGGUUACCCUGAAGUCCCCUCGCCGCAGGUCAACCCUCAGUUUAACCCUCAGACUCCGGGCACGCCUGCUAUGUACUCUCCGUAUGCUGCUCCGUCUCCACAGGGCUCCUACCAGCCCAGUCCCAGUCCUCAGAGCUACCACCAGGUGGCGCCCUCACCUGUGGGCUUCCAGAACACACACUCACCUGCCAGCUACCACCCCACCCCCUCCCCCAUGGCCUACCAGGCUAGUCCCAGUCCUAGUCCUGUUGGUUACAGUCCUAUGACCCCCGGGGCUCCGUCUCCUGGAGGCUACAACCCCCACACCCCCGGCUCCAACAUCGAGCAGGGCAGCAGCGACUGGGUCACUACAGACAUCCUGGUUCGGGUCAAAGACUCCUUCAUGGACCUUAUGGGACACAUCGGGGUCAUCCGGAGUGUCACGGGGGGGAUGUGCUCCGUCUUCAUGCAGGAGUCUGAGAAGGUGGUCAGCAUCAGCAGUGACCACCUGGAGCCCGUAACCCCAACCAAGAACAACAAGGUGAAGGUGAUUUUGGGAGAAGACCGUGAGGCCACAGGGAUCCUGUUGAGCAUCGACGGAGACGAUGGAAUCGUCCGUAUGGAGCUGGACGACCAGCUGAAGAUCCUCAACCUGCGGUUCCUGGGCCGGCUGGAGCACUGAAGGACGGCCGGAGGGACAAGUGACGAGCAGAGGGACAGACUCCCCCUCAGAGAACUGAUGAGCUGCAGCUGAUGGUCUCCUCUCUGCUUUAUUUUUUUACUGUAGUGUUUUAGUGUUUCUGUUCAAAUAAAACAUGUCGGGAGCU